UGAGCGCACGGAGCGUUUGCGGGAUGUGUAGAAGUGUGCAGUUCGACAACAAGUGGCAGACGAGAGGCGUGAAAGGGCAGGUGCCGCUUGGAAACAAGGAAGAAGCGACACAUAUUGGUCCAGAAGAGUUGCCACGUGACAUGUCCAUGUGCUUCAGCUGUCGUGAGUUGCAAGAAAUGGCGAGCUAACGCUCAUACUUGAGAUCAAAGACAAGUGAGAAACAAAGCCAGUGAAAUCAUAAAAAAAAAAAAUACCUAUGACAGUACAAAAUUAUUAGACGAUAGGACCCUGUCUUUGUUUGCAAUACUGUAGUGUGAUAAAGGAUCAACCAAAGACAAUUUUAAAAUGUACAAUUUAAAUGUGAACGUAGCCACCAGCGCCGCUGCUGCUAGCGGCGGCAGCAGCAACUUGCUGGGCGUGGAGAGUUCGUGUACUACGCCGAAGACUCCUGAAAUCUUGAACUCUCUGAUCGCCAUGACUAACCCGUUCGAUGGGUACACGGUGAGGAACGUCCCGCGCAUCGCUUCGUGCCCCCCGGGGGGCAGUGAUACCAGCUCCUCCAGCACAGGGUCCCCCCUCGGGAGCCCCAGCUGCACCUCACCGCCAAGUGUGCAGCAUACUUGCUCCCAGCUCAUCAAGGAAGGACUCAAACUCACGAUACAGACGAAACGCCGAAACACCGGCCGCCAUCUUGAGAACCUUGAUUCACCGCGCAACAACAAAAUGGCGAGGAGAGAGGAGGUGAGUAGUCAGGAUUAUGACUAUGAUGAUCUCUUCUCGCCAGGUGUUGGGCUGACGGCCGAAGACGAGGAACGGCGAAGGCGGCGUCGGGAGAGGAACAAGAUCGCCGCCACAAAGUGUCGGCUGAAGAAACGCGAACGAACGGUGAACUUGGUGCAGGAAUCUGAAGUCCUUGAAAAUCAGAAUCAGGACUUGAAGAGCCAGAUUCAAGAACUGGAGACACAGAAGCGUCGUCUGAUGGAUAUGUUGUCCAUGCACAAGCCCACAUGUAUGAAGAACCUCGUUUACAGCACAAACACUGCUGGUGCUAGCUACUGUGGAGACCCUACAUCAUCAAUUGGAGGAGCAUUCUGUACCAACACGACCACAACUACCACCACCUCUGCUGGCGGAUACCAUGACUACAAUGGAGUUUACCCUGACAAUGGUUGCAUGGCAUAGCUAACUCAAAUGGGUAUUAUUGUUUCUGUUGCUGAACACUCUUGCUGUAUACAUGUACACAUCUAAGACAUAUAAUGAAGUAUUUAAAAUGUCUUGUGACCACUGAAUGACCAUAGCGUUUCUUCAGCACAGCAAAUUAGCCACUCCUCAUGGAGUAACACAAACUGUAGCCAUUUGAUUUUGUUUUUGAAAUGUAAGUCAAGAAAACAUUAUAUUUCAGUGUUUUUUGUAAUGGUAUAGAAGUUUUCACAAAACAGAAGUGAACACUGAAGCCAUUGCUGAUGGCUGUGAGUAAGUGCAAAGCCAGAGGAAGGAAAUAAAAAAACUAUGUGUAUUAGCAGUGCAUCUUACAAAGGACUGCCCUUCAAAGAGAUGAUAAACACAAGAUGCUUUCAGAUGACUGUAAGCUUACAGAAAAGACAACUUUGUGUUGUUUGUGAGGAAGCAGACUGUAAUCCAUUCGCACAAACCACAAGUCACAAACAAUACACCUGCAGCAUUCCACCCUUUUGUGACAUAAGGUACUAUCGUAUAAAAAAAUCUCUUAAAGUUUGCUUGCCACAAGAAACCUAAGUAAACGGUGGUCUUAUAAGGAAUUAAAACGAUUUCUGCGGGAAACAUUAUUCAAGUGAAAUUCACAUAACAUAUUUUUUCAAGUUGUUUGAACUUAUGGAGAGUUUAGGUGUACUAACUGUGGGUACAUUAUAAUAGAGUAUAUGUAAGAUUUUUUAAUGUUCUGGGUGCCUUGCAUCUGAUGUGCAGAAUUGGGUUUUAACCAGGGCUUGAGGUGGGGCGGGAUGCGGCAGUAUGGCAUCCCGGUUCUUUUUUAAAUGGCUUAAAAGCAUCCUGUUACUUCUUUGGCAGUAAAUGCAAUGUACAAUACCUUUUUUUGGAAAAUAUUCUAAAGAUAACUACUCGUAAUGCAUGUGUGACUUUAUUUUAACGCAUGCCAUUUAAACUACUGUAAUAUGUUCGUAGGUCUUAGAUGGAACACAGACUAUAUACGUCACUCGGUAUAUUUUCAUAAUUUAUGUCUAUGAAUUAAAAGGGGAAAACCAUCCCGGUUCUAUUUUCAUUCCACCUGAAGCACUGGUUUGAACCACAUAUUGUGUUGAAGCUAGUUCCAGCAUUUUGGUGUACAUUGCUGUCCAGUCCCUUCACACUGAACAAGGUGGAAGGAGACUCUGGCAUUCCUACAAGUAUCAGGCCACAUCCUCCACCUAUCUCCUGCACCCUGAAGAUGGCAAUCAGUGCAUGGUGGAAUGUUGGAACACUUUCAUAGGAAAUGGCUAAAUAUCAAAGGCCUAAGUUACACAUCAUCAUUCUAAGUGUGUUUUAUGUGUUCUCUGUAAUUCAUUAGGAACAGAAUAUUCGUUCUUAAGUACAUAGGCAUGCAUAGCCUAGAAAAUAUAGGUUACCCUUGGCCUUGUAUGUUCUGAAAAGAAUAAUGACUUGAGAGUCAUGGCUGAACCUUAAGCUUUUUAUUCAGGUCCAGUAGAGCAGUUUGCAGUAGCCUGUGCAAUAUCUCAGAACAGAGACUACGAAUCAGUUUGAUGGGGGUAGAGUCUGCUUGGUUAACUCAUCACAUAGUGUGUUGUUGUGAUCUGGUGACCUGAGCGAGUGGGUCAUCUCACUAGCCUUGUGCAUUCCUCAGUCCUUCCAUGAGCACUCUUGUUGUAUAUGUGUUCUGUCUUUCUUUACUUCUCUUUCUGUAUUGAUUCUGUCUUGGGGGUGUGGGGGGGGGUAUGUGCAUGCGCCCACUCACUCUCUCCAAAUGUGACUUGCAGGAUGUUGUGGCCUCUCAAAUUCUUAGGUGGCAGAGACAGAUGUAGUUACUUUGCCUGUAGCUACUGUGUUGUGAAGGUGAGCCUGAAAAAUGCCACAGUUUACAUAAUGUACCUUGUGGCAAACAAGUAUCAUAGUAAUGAGGAUUUCUGCACGGCAUAACAGCAGUAUACAGUGCAACAAGAUUUAGGUUGUGCAGAGCCAAUAAUGUCACAGUGUCUGUGAUCAUGGAAAGCUGCAGAUUCAAGACAUAGUGUGACGAGCCAUGGACUUCGUUUAAAGGGAUCCAGUGCCUUUGCAAUAAGAUUUUUAAAAAAAGUUAUAAAGACAUGCUCUACCUGUUCACAUUAAGCCUUCCGUGUUAUAUUUUUGUAAUUUUUACUUGACAUGUUGUUUUUUAAGUAGGGUCGGAAUUCUAUAGGCUCAGGGAGGAGAUAUUUUGAGUUUAAAAUUCCUUUUCAUAGAAUUGGAAAUGUCUACUCUUGUGUGCCAUAUUUGGUCUGUUUGGUGAAUCAUCAACAGGGAGACUUCAUUGGCAUGCUAGGCCAAGCCUUGCUGUCUGAUAAUACUCCUACUUUCCUUCAGAAUUACGGCCCUGUAUUUUAUACUCAUUAAUUAUAGAUAUGGAAUGUUGUUUUUAUACAUAUUAUGUUCACUUUGUUAUGCACCACCUCACUUUAUUGUUAAGGUGCUUAAGUCAGGUGCUAACUGCCCCCUCAAAGAGGGUGCAGUGCUUUUCAUGUGUUCACAGUUCUGUUACUUUCUCUCAGUAUAUGCAGUUCUUCCUUCACAUGAAAUUUCAUACUUUAAAGGAAUUCUAAAACACUUUAUAAACAGUGGAUCUUUCAGACAGCUCUCAUUUUAGUAAGUGGGAAAAUAUCAUCUGGACACUGAAUUGAAAUUGAUUUGUUCCAUGCCUUUGUUUAUCUUGCUUCCUGAAUGGUUGAGGUGUAAUAUAUACCGUCCUUUUGAUGCUCUAUAAUAUGAGUUGCUGACACCAUUUUUAAAUGAACCACAAAUAUGCUGUCCCUGUAAUUCCUUGCAUAUCACCAUGUCCAUUGUGACUUAACACUUUGCAGACUGCGCACCCUUUAAAAGGUUUUUCGCUUUUAAACAUGGCGGACUGUUGGCGUGUUAACAGGCUUUUAAAAGACGAUAAGUUGCAACACACUAUACAUCUCUCUGGCUCCACCUAGCUAGCACGUAGCUGCUUGCAGCUGCGUUAUAAGGCUCUGGAAUGUCUGCUGACCAAUCAGUUACUAGACCUCGCUGUAACUCUAUGCUCCUGCAAAGGAAAAUAAAUGCCUUUAUUUCUUCAAGCUUUACGUAGCAAGCUGUCAGUCAGUAGUUCAAUAUGGAUCAAA